AAAAGAUCCUUCUAAAUUACGUGACCCAAAGUCUGUUGGCUGUUAUGUUUUUGGAAUUUCAGGGCUGUGACAAACAGUUCUUUAAUGCAUCUGUUCAAUACUCCAACAUGGACCUGUUGUUGGAUUAUAUUAACAAGCAUUCUGAUGAGUUUGGAGUGAGGGUCCAGUAUGCCACCGUUGGUGAUUACUUCCAAGCAGUUUAUAGCAGAAAUCUUACUUGGGAUAUUCGGGACUCUCAAGACUUUCUUCCGUAUUCAACAGAGCCAUUCCAAGCAUGGACUGGGUUUUAUACUUCUCGGAGCACAUUAAAAGGGAUUGCAAGGAGAGCAAGUUCACUGCUUUAUGCCGGCGAGUCCUUUUUCACACAGUAUGUCCGGAAACACCCAGCAAGUUCUACUUGGAAAUGUGAAGCCUUAAAGCAGCUUCAGAGCCUUAGGUGGGCAGUUUCAGAGGUCCAGCACCAUGACGGUAUAACAGGCACAGAGUCUCCCAAGGUGAAGGAUAUGUACAUGAAUAACUUGAUGUAUGGAAUGUCCAACGUAAAGAAGCUAAUGGCUUCCAUAAUCUUUGACAUGAACAAUGCGAAGAAAAAUGGAGAGGUCUUUACUUCUGUUUACAAUAAGGACUCAGGAAUACCAGGUGCUACAGAUGUUGACCAAUAUGUUGUUGUCUAUAAUCCACUGGCAUGGAACAUCACUACCUUUGUCACGGUUUCUGUCAGCCAUUUGGCAAUGAGUGUAUAUGAUGAACUGGGACGUUCUGUACCAGCACAGGUUCAGAGCUCGGCGGAGUCCCAUUCCACCUAUGAUCUCUAUAUUCUAGUUGCAAUAAGUGGUCUGAGCUACAGAAAAUACAGUGUUAAACCCUUGAAUGGUGAGCAGUCUGCAUUUAUAGGAAGAUCAGUCAGGUACAAGCGACAAGACGUAACUCGUGCAGAUAAACAAAGUCAACAGUUGCUUCCUGUGGUUAACAACUGCUACCAGGUCUUGUUUGACCAAAAUACAAAUCUAAUGUACAGCAUUACAGAGAGGGAGACUAACCAGACUGUCCAGUUGACGCAGGAGUUCCUUGAGUACCAUGUGAAUGGAGAUGUAAUGAAAGGACCCAUUUCAGAUAACUACUUAUUUGCCUCAAAUACUUCAGCUGUUCCAGUGUCAAAAGCAGUUGGAUUGGAAGUGGUUACUGGGAGCUUGAUGACAGAGAUACGGCAGUUUUUCUACAGUAACAUUACUGCUCAGGAUUACAUAUAUGCAGUAUAUACCAGGAUGUAUACUGUACCAGAAGGCUAUGAUGGGAAGUUGCUUUGCCAUAGGAUAGAGCAAGAAUACAGUGUUGGGCCUUUGGAACUCAAUCGUGAAGCAGUUCUUAGAACAACCACGAAUUUGAACACCAAGCAGCUACUCUACACUGACAACAAUGGAUAUCAGAUUCAGAGAAGACCAUUCAAGGCAUAUGUGAAUAACAGAGUGGCUCGGAACUAUUAUCCUAUGGUCCAGACUGCCUACAUUGAAGAUGAUACCACAAGGCUGAUGCUGCUUGCAGAAAGAGCUCACGGUGUCUCAAGUCAAGGAAAUGGACAAGUGGAGGUGAUGCUUCACAGGAGACUGUGGAACAACCUUCAGUGGGACCUGAGUAACAAUCUCACUUUGAAUGAUUCUUCAGUGGUUCGCCCUGUGCUUUGGCUUAUUUUAGGAACCAAGGCUGUGACCAAUACUUUGUAUCAGACAAGUGGACUGGCGUUAGAACACAGGCCAGUAGUAAUGUUUGGAGCAUUAUCAGGAGGUAAACCAAAGCUGCAUGGACAACUUCAGCAGAAUUCAGUCCACAGUUCACCUGUAACUCUCCCACCUAAUCUUCAUCUCCAGACUCUGAGCAUUCCAGGGUGGAGAUACAGCUCUAAUCAUGCAGAGCAGGUCCACAGAGUCCGCACAGGUAAACAGAAGCAAGGUGAUGCAGACUUCAGUCGUGUAUUGCUGAGAAUUAGACACUUAUAUGAAGUUGGAGAGGAUCCUGAGCUGUCUCAACCUGUGAUUGUAAAUCUGAAGUCUUUGCUAAAGGGAUUAGGAUCAGUGAUGCUAGUGGAAGAGCGAUCGCUCACAGGCACCUGGGAUGUAAACACUUUGAAGCGGUGGAAAUGGAAGACUGCGCGAACUCCAAGCAGAGGAUUCUCCAACAGUAUAGUGACAUCAGAAAACUGUACAGUAACUGUUCACCCCAAGGAAAUAAGGACGUUCUUUGUGUACUUUCAAGGUCAAUAAAGUUUGACAUUGUAUUUCAGGAGUGAACAUUUUUGUUCCAAGACAUGAGUAAUGAACUUGAAAAACAUUCUACUGCUGUUAAUGAAAGGAGUGGUCAUUUUGGAAUAAACUCUAAAUUGAAUUAAA